AUGGCAGACCCAAAUAACUCAGUCAAAAUAGUUGAAAUUUGCAGAGUUGCUCCACAACAUGCAGAUCAAGAGUUCUCUCUUCCUCUAACUUUCUUCGACAUAAUUUGGUUAAAGUUUCCACCCAUCCAACGCCUUUACUUCUACGAAAUAUUGUCUUCCUCAAAAAACACAUUCUUCUUCGAUUCUAUACUUCCAAAGCUCAAAACAUCGUUAUCUCUUACCCUCCACCACUUUCCACCUUUAGCAGGAAACAUCACUUGGCCCCAAGACUCCCCUAAACCAAUCCUCAGUUACCUCCGAGGGGACGCCGUUUCGGUCACUGUAGCUGAGUCCGAUGCUGAUUUCCACCACCUAGUUUCAAGCAACAGCUUUAACAUUGAAGCCAAAGAAUACCAUCCUCUCGUGCCCCGAUUGGAAGUUUGUCACGAAAAAGCCGCAGCACUUGCGUUGCAAAUCACUCUCUUCCCAAACAACGGCUUUUCUAUUGGAACAUCCGUGCACCAUGCUGCCCUAGACGGCAAGAUGUCAACCAUGUUUGUGAAAUCAUGGGCUUACAUAUGUAAACACGAAUCCGAUUUGGUACCAGACCAGCUCAAACCAUUUUACGACCGAAGGGUCAUCCCUGACCCGACCAGGAUCGACUUAAUUUAUUCGAACCACUUUCUAAAUAUGGAUUUGGAGGGACCCAACAAUCGUAGCUUGAUGCCUUUCCAAUUUAAAGCACCACAACCAGACUCGGUUCGAGGGUGCUUCCAGUUCACACCAACCAAAAUUGAAGCAAUAAGGCAGUUGGUGAAAGAGAAGAAACAACAACAUCAAUCGGUUCAUUUGUCCACGUUUUGCGUCGCAACUGCGUAUGCAUGGAUUUGCUUAGUCAAGGCAGAGGAAUUCAAAUCUGAAAAAAUACGAUUGAUUUUUAGUGUGGAUUGUAGGUCUCGAUUGGACCCACAAAUAUCUGAAAACUAUUUUGGAAACUGCAUAGCCCCACGCAUAGCAGUUGCAGAAAGCGAAGGCAUACUUGGAGAAGACGGGCUGGUUAUGGCUGUAAAUGCAAUCAGUGAAGCCCUAGAAGGUUUAAAUAAUCGACUUCUGAAUGGGGCGGAGGCUUGGAUGGAAAUUAUGCAACCACAAGCCGAUAAACUUUUUUUCUGUUGCUGGUUCACACCGGUUUAG